GUUCCUACACUAGCUAUAUACUGCUGGGGCAGCACAGCCCUUGAUGGAAUAAGAAAACAGAAUAUCCAAAGCGAACCUGGAAGCUGUGAACUGUGGGCAGCUCUAACUAAUCAACGUUUAUGGAUUGAUGCCAACGAUCUUUCUACUUCUGAGAAAAUGGCAGCGGCCUGGGGUGCUGUUUGGGUUGCUCUGGUCCGCAGUUGCGGGAGGCGCGGGGCACUCAUGCUUGGCAGCUUCCGGGAACGCAAAGGCUGGACAGCUCCGUGGCUCGCAACCGCCUCCCUGCUCGGAGGGGGUGCCUUGGUGGCCUCCUGCCGAGGAUGGAACAGGCGGGAGGGGACUGGCAGCUUCUUCCUGGUUCUGGCACAGAAGGAAGAGGCGGUGGAUGAAGAGAUGGCAGAAAAGCUUUCCAUUCGAAAGCAACGUUUUAUGAAAUUUGCUUCUUUGGAAUAUGGAGGAGAAUAUUACAUGACUCCAAGAGACUUCCUGUUCUCAGUUAUGUUUGACAAAUCAGAGCGUAAAACUUUGGCCAAGAAACUGACAAAAAAGGAAGUAGAUUCUACCCUAGCAAAUGUUACGAAGGCUAAACCAGGACCAACUUUUUUCAGAGAUCUUGGAGACAGAGGAUUGAUUUCCUACACAGAGUACCUCUUUUUGCUGACAAUACUCACAAAACCACAGACUGGAUUUCAUAUUGCUUUUAAAAUGUUGGAUGCAGAUGGCAAUGAACAAGUAGAGAAAAAAGAAUUCUUUAAGCUUCAGAAAAUAAUUGGAAAGCAAGAUGAAUUUAAAACAGCUUCAGGAGAUGACAUCCUGUCUCAGGAAUCAGAAAUGGAAGGUGCUGAUAUCAACACCAUGUUACUGGUCCACUUUUUUGGAAAAGGAGGAAAAGAUAAACUUCAGUAUUCGGAAUUCCAAAGAUUUAUGCAGGAUUUACAAGCAGAAGUACAAGAAUUGGAAUUCAAUCAGUUUUCCAAAGGUCUAACCUUCAUGAGAAAGGAAGAUUUUGUAGAGUGGUUGCUGUAUUACACAGAUGAAGAAAACAAUGAAAUUUACUGGCAAAAUGUGAAAGAGAGAAUCCAAGGAGGAGAGAGUAUCAGUAUGGAUGAAUUUAAGACUUUCUGUCAAUUUACAAACCGUUUAGAAGAUUUCUCAAUUGCUCUGAAAAUGUUUACUGUGGCCAGCCGUCCUGUUAAACGGGCGGAGUUCAAGAGAGCUGUGAAAGUGGCUACAGGACAGGAACUCUCAGAUAACGUUUUGGACACCAUCUUCAAGAUCUUUGAUUUAGAUGGAGAUAAUUGCCUCAGCCAUGCAGAGUUCCUUGGAGUCCUUAAAAACAGGAUGCAUCGUGGAUUAAGGGUGCCUCAGCAACAAGGAGUCCAAGGUUACUGGAAAUGUGUGAAACGAGAAACCAUUAAGGGAGCAAAAGAAGUUUGGAAGCAAACCGGGAAGAGUCCUUUUUAAAUGUAUUUUUGUAUUUUAUGACUCGGCUUUCUGGUUUUGCUUUGCUUUUCAUGUAUUUGUUUUACAGAUUGGCUCUACUAGACGAAGUGCAAUCAUUUAAUGCCAUUAAAUAUCAGACACUUCCAUUAUUUGAUUUUGAUAGGGGGUGGGCAUGAAAAAGAAAAUGUAUUUUGUGUUUCGGAAUCAUUCAGGGAUGCUGCAGUUUGA